GUCAAACUCUUAUGGGAUUAUUUAGUGAUUUAUUUCAUUCAUCUGUAUUUUGUGCUUUCUGCUGAGAUAUGAUCCUAAUCCCAAAGAGAAAUCAAAUGGACAUGAUCUUGUGGUGGAGUCUCUUACUGACCUUCUCUGGAAGUCAAGCCUCAACAUUCUUGGCUCAAAGAAACACCGAAUUUGCAGUGGAUCUUUAUCAAGCCAUUUGUUUAUCUCACAAGAACAACAUUAUCUUUUCCCCCCUGGGAACGACUUUAGUUCUUGGAAUGAUACAACUGGGAGCAAAAGGAAAAGCACAGCAUCAGAUAAGACAAACUUUAAAACUUCAGGAAAACUCAAAUGGAGAAGAAUUUUCUGCGCUGAAGUCAUUUUUCUCUGCCAUCUCAGAGAAAAAACAAGAAUUUACAUUUAAUCUUGCCAAUGCCCUCUACCUUCAAGAAGGAUUCACUGUGAAAGAACAGUAUCUCCAUGGCAACAAGGAUUUUUUCCAGAGUGCUAUAAAACUGGUGGAUUUUCAGGAUGCAAAGGCUUGUGCAGAGGCAAUAAGUACCUGGGUAGAAAGCAAAACAAAUGGAAAAAUUAAAGACAUGUUUUCAGGGGAAGAGUUUGGCCCUUUGACUCGACUGGUCCUGGUUAAUGCUAUUUAUUUCAAGGGAGAUUGGAAACAAAAAUUCAGAACGGAGAAUACACAGCUGAUGAAUUUCACUCAGCAAGAUGGCUCUGCUGUCCAGAUACCCACGAUGAAAGCUCUUCUGAGAACAAGAUACGGCUAUUUUUCAGAGGCUUCUAUGAAUUACCAGGUUUUGGAAUUACCUUACAAGGGCAAUGAACUUAGUCUGAUCAUCAUACUUCCUGAAGAAAAUGUUGACAUUGAGGAAGUGGGGAAACGAAUUACUGCUCGUCAAAUCCUAAAAUGGUUUUCUGAAAUGCAGGAAGAGCAGGUGGAAAUAAGCCUCCCCAGAUUUAAAAUAGAACAAAAGUUAGACUUCAAAGAAGCGUUGUAUUCUCUGAAUAUAACUGAGAUAUUUAGUGGUGGCUGUGACCUCUCUGGAAUCACAGAUUCAGCUGAGGUGUAUGUUUCCCAAAUCAUGCAAAAAGUGUCCUUUGAGAUAAACGAAGAUGGCAGUGAAGUUGCGACAUCAACUGGCAUCCAUGUCCCUGCAAUCAUGAGUCUGGCUCAGAAUCAAUUUGUAGCAAAUCGUCCGUUUCUGUUUAUUUUGAAGAACAACCCAACAGGUACCUUGAUGGGAAAUCACUUAGGGGACGGUUUAGGCUAA